AUGGGUGUCCCGACGAACAGCAAGGCCAUUCUCUUGGCGACGUUUAUCGCAUUUGGAGGCAAGUCGUGCGGAGGUUUGUAUGGGUUCCUGAGCUGCUUCCUCUUCGGAUACGAUAUCGGAGUCAUCUCGGGAUGUUUGAUCAUGCCAGACUUCGUGCAAAGGUUCGGCGAACAGAACGCCGACGGCACCUUCAUCCUCUCCAGUUCGCGACAAUCCAUCAUCACGUCGCUUCUCUCCGCGGGCACCUUCGUCGGUGCCCUCGGACAGGCCUUCACCUCUGACCGCUUCGGCCGUCGCGGCUCCAUCCUCAUCUGGUCCGCCAUCUUCACCGCUGGUGUCGCCAUCCAGACCGCCACCGUGCACUCCCUCGUACAAAUGGUCAUCGGUCGUUUCGUCGCCGGUCUCGGUGUCGGAGCCCUUUCCGCUAUCGUCCCUCUCUACAACGGAGAGACGGCGCCGAAGGCCAUGCGUGGUAUGCUGCUGGUGCUGUACCAGCUACAGAUCAUCGUCGGUAUCUUCUUGAGCUACAUGAUCGAGCUUGGCUCCCACCGCAUCGAAGGCCCUGCAUCCUGGCGUCUGCCAGUUGGUCUACAGUUGGUCUGGGGUUUCAUCCUGCUUUCCGGCAUCUUCUUCCUUCCCGAGUCCCCUCGUCAUCUGUUGGGUACCGGCCGCGAAGCUGAGGCUCGCAAGGUUGUCUCCAUGCUCAACAGCCUCCCCGAGGACGACCCGGUAGUGAUGGAGCUCAUCGAGGAGCUCGAGUUCGGCAUCCGCGCCGAGAACGACGGCGGAAAGGCUACCUGGAUGGAGUGCUUCUCCAGCCGCAACAUGCUCUGGAAGCGGACGAUCAACGGCAUGAUGCUCCAGUUCAUCCAGCAGCUCAACGGCCAGAACUUCUACUACUACUACGGCGACACCUUCUUCCAGAGCGCGGGAACGAGCCUCGACCCGUACUCGAUUCAGGCCAUCCUUGGUGGUGUGUCGGUUGUUGGCACCAUCCCGGCGCUGUACUUGAUCGAGACCUGGGGCCGGCGUAACUCCCUCCUCACGGGCUCCGUCCUCGAAGGCAUUUGCUCCCUCAUCGCGGGCCUUGUCGGGCACUACACCCUGGCGCCCACCGGCGUGCCCAAGGACAUGCUCACCGCGCGCAACAAGCAGGGCGGGGACACGAUCAUUGCCUUCGCCGUCCUCCACGUCUUCUCCUUCUCCAUCUUCUGGGGCCCGACGCCGUGGGUGUACCUCGGCGAGUCCUUCCCGCUCCGCGUGCGCCCGAAAGCCAUCGCGCUCGGCAGCGCCACCAACUGGCUGUGGAACUUCCUGCUCUCGUUCUUCGCGCCGCGCAUCGCGGAGGACAUCGGGCCGCUCAUCCUGCUCAUCUUCUUCGGCAUGCUCACGUUCGGGUACGUGUACGUGUACCUCUUCAUCCCCGAGACCAAGGGCCUCUCGCUCGAGGAGGUCGACGAGAUGUACCGGUCCGGCGUGAAGCCGUGGAACUCGAUGAACUGGCGCCCGAGCGAGAAGCCGAUCCACGAGCACGAGGCGAAGGAGGUGCGCGAGAUCGCGGAGAAGGGGGAGAAGGACAGCGUCUGA